UGAAUUCCAGAGGGCAUUUUAAAAUUUAAAUUUAUUGCCUUUAAAAUAUUAGUAUUGUAAAAUCGCCUUUUGCCUCCAAAAAUUUUGAGUGAAAGUGAAAAGUUGAUUUUGUUUUGUCCAGGAUUUACGUUAACACAAACACAACAGAAAGACAUUGCGAGCAAGCCUAAACAUUUGCAGUGACUUUAGAUCAGCACUUCAAAUUAUUAAGCGCAAAAUUUUAUGAUUGUAAUGUACGUAAAGUUUGGCGCGAAGGACUGAUGCUGGCGGGCCCGCCCGCGCCGGUGAGAGAUGAGUGUACAGAAUAAAGUGCGAAGCCGCCGUCUCAUCAGUCGGCACGCGGCACGUGAGCACAUUGCACGGCCGCUCUCCGCCGUCAAGGGCAAAGUUACGCGAACGCUAUUCCCCACAUUUAUUACAUAAAGUUGUGUCAGAAUGCUGGCGUGGAUUCAAGUGACGCUCAUAUUGUGCGCCUUCGGGCUGCUGCGGGAGAUCAGACCGUCGGAGCCGUUCGUUUCGGAGUUCCUCCUCGGCGAAUGGAGAAACAUAACGGAAGAACAGCUCAACAGAGAUGUGUACCCAAUUGGGACUUACUCAUACCUGGGCUUGCUUGUUGUUGUGUUCCUGAUAACUGAUUUUCUAAGAUUCAAGCCUGUUAUCAUCUUAUCUGGUCUAAGCGGUAUUGCCGUAUACGCCAUUUUACUUUGGACAACAAGUUUAGAAUGGGUGCAGGCUUCGCAGUUCUUCUAUGGCCUCUACAUGGCUACAGAAGUCGCCUACUAUACUUAUAUUUAUGCAAAAGUGGACCCUGCAAAAUACCCGCGCGUUUCCUCCUACACGCGGAUAGCUGCACUAUCAGGCAGGUUCCUGUCAGGGCUCAGCUCACAGCUACUCACUCACUUCGGCCUCAUGGACUAUAGGGAUCUCAACUACAUCACAUUUACAGCUCAGAUCCUUGCGACGUUCUGGGCGUUCUGGCUACCACCCGUGCAGUAUGGCAUCUACUUCCAUCGGCGGACCUCCGUUGGGAGUCCAACCCUGGAUAAACAAUUACAUCACAACUCAAGUGGGAAUCUAACGCGCUCCAACAUGGUGGAAGCGUCAACACUGAUCGCGCGUCACGCCCGGUCAGCGUACACGCGUCCCAAAGUGUUGGCUUGGUCGGGACUGUACGCGGUGGCUUUAGCGCUCUUCGUACAAGCGCAGACCUACAUGCAGUUGCUGUGGAAGCAGAUACAAGAGGAGAGCAAUUCACCGGUAGCAUACAACGGUGCAGUAGAAGCAGCACAAACGCUCUUAGGCGCGGGCGGUGCUUUCGCCGCGUCGAUCCUAGCGUCGUCUGGCAUUCCCGCGCCCGUGGCCGCCGUGCAAGGAGUCGCUGUCUUCAUAGCAACCUUCUUCGGCAACGUCUUCGUGUCCUACGCAGGGUACAUCGUGAUGGGCAUGCUGUUUCACUACACUAUUACGCUGGCCAGUGCAAAAAUAGCGGGUCAGCUAAGCGACGAGAGUUGCUUCGGACUGAUAUUCGGUAUCAACACGCUGGUCGGGACGGGUCUGCAGUCCAUUCUUACCCUAGUGCUCAUACAAACAUUGAAGCUGCCCAUAGCUUCACAGUACUUCGCGAUCAGUGGCCUUUACUUACUGCUGGCUUCUGUGUGGCUACUCGGCUGGAUGAUCAACAUGUGCCGCCAGAAACAAACUAUUAAUGUUAACAACCAGUAUUGAUCAUUAUAAGGAUAUAAGAACUUCUUGUGAUGAGGUAGGUAGCUAUAAAAGGAGACAUUUUUUUUAUGAUAUGGACAGGAAUGUCGUAUGUAACAUAGUUGAGUAGCUAUGAGAAGGAAAGCUAGGCUUGGUACAUAAUAUUCUUGAUAUUUUUUUUAUACCCUAGAUAUUAAUAUCUAUGGUAUGGCAUUGUUAACUUAAUUGUAUUAUAAAUAGUUUAGUAUGUAACUAUAACUUGAUAGAAUGGUACUGGUAGUCCAUCAAUAUGAAAAGGAUCAGAGGUAAUAAUUGUUAGUGAAUUAGACUUAGAAAUAACAAAGGCUGUGAGUUGUGUGUUUACAAGAAUUUAUGUUUAUGCUUUCUUAGAAAAAAAAUUGAUUGGACAUACAUUUUGAAACGAGUAUGUACUGUUAUUUAUAAAAUAAGUUGCCUUGAGAACUGGUUUCACAAGUUUUACUCAACAGGUAUUAUCUGAAUUUAGAAACUCUUUUCAGUCUUUAAUGUUAUUUGUUAAAUACUUUAAAAUAAGUUACUAAUUUUAUAAAUGGAAUGUAAUUAGGAUUUGGUGUGGAAGAAUUUGGACCGAGGUCUAACCAAGACCUGCGAAAAUAAUGAGUUUUUAUGGUAUAUAGAAUAACAAGUGGCAUUGUACUGUAUCAAUUGCAAUAGUAACUAGAACAGCAAGUUAUCUUAGGACCAAUCUGUGAAAUUGUUUAUUAAAAUGUUAUUUAUAUUAAAAA